UUCACGUCGUAUUAUUUACAAUUGUUUAUGUGACGUUUACUUCCUCUUUUCUGUCUAUCUUAUAAAAUCUGAUGAAAUUUUAGUUAUAUCCAGUUUACUUUAGACAAAACUAAGUUAUGGAGCCAAUUAGUUUGAUAAUCUUUGGUGUGAUUUUAUUGGUGAUUUACUUUUUAUGGGGAAGGCAGAAGGGGGCCGGGCAGAAGAGACAGUCCACUACAUCAGGUAACCAGGGGCAAUUUUUUGACCAAAGCAAGAUGAAAAAUAAUUCUGUAUAUCGGAUGUACAUGGGAGGGACACAUUCAGGAAAAAUAUUUGAUAAAUUUAGCAACAUAGAAGAUGUUACUGAUGCUAUUAGAAAAGCUGGUCUGGAAUCUAGCAAUCUUAUAUUUGGUAUAGAUUUUACAGCCAGUAAUGUACAUCAGGGGAUAAAGACAAAUGGUGGCAGGUCCCUACAUCAUAUAGAUAUGCUGAAUCCAAAUCCUUAUCAGAGGGUGAUUGCAAUAUUAGGCGAGACUUUGGAGUCAUUUGAUGACGACAACUUUAUCCCAGCUUAUGGAUUUGGUGAUGUUACAACUAAAGACUUUGGAACAUUCCCAUUCUUAAGUGAGGGACAUUGUGCAGGAUUCCAGAGUGUUUUAAGUGCUUAUGAAGGUAUUGCUAGUCGUGUCAGACUCAGUGGACCUACAAACUUUGCACCACUCAUCAGAAAAGCUAUUGAUAUAGUGAAAAAUACAAGAGCUUAUCAUAUUCUAGUUAUUGUUGCCGACGGUCAGGUGACGUCAGAAAAAGCUACAAAGCAAGCUAUUGUAGAAGCGUCGUAUCAUCCUUUAUCUAUCAUCCUGGUCGGCGUCGGAGACGGUCCGUGGGACAUGAUGGAGGAAUUUGACGAUGGCCUCCCGUCCAGAAAAUUUGACAAUUUUCAGUUUGUUGACUUUAAUAAAGUUAUGACCGAGGCAAGGAAUCCAGAAGCAGCAUUUGCCUUAUGUGCCUUAAUGGAAAUACCUGACCAGUUCAAAAAAAUUAAACAAUUAGGUCUGCUCAAUUUUGAUUAGGAAAAUUUGUUGCCUAUCAAUUUAUAUAUGAUGUAAAAAAGUCAUUACUUUAUAUCUCAAAAUGUUCUAUUAUUCAAAAUCUAUAUUUUUUACCAAAAUAUUCCUCAUUAAAUCCAUUCCUUGUAAAAUUUUAUAUACAUAAAUGUGGUUCUUUUUAAUGUUGAGUCAGGAUGGGAGGCUGUGAGGUUGUGAGUUAGUUUUAUUUAUUAAAAGUUUUAUUGUACUUAUUCCAUUAUUUAGAUGAUUUUAACCUUUAUAGUGCCAACUUUACGUGGCCACACAUAUACCAUGUAUAAUGUUAGUGUUCAUCCGUGCUGUUCUACAGAAAUUAGAAACUUUGAUGGGAACGAUAGCGACAGGAGAAUGUUUCUUAUUUCUAUAGAACAGCUAUGAAUGAAUACUACUAACAUACUUAGUGUCAAGCUUUAUUUGGCCUCAUUAUUAUUGACUUAAUUACAUCACUACACGGUUCUAUGAAGUACUAUGAAAAAAUAGUAGGCUACUAUGAACAGAAUUUGAUAUAGUAUCAACUUAUGUUCUUCUAUGAAAAUUAACACACACAAUUUUUAAGAAAUACAGCAUUUUCAUUGGAUGACAAAUAAAGCUUGACACUUAAAGUUUUUAAUUGCAUGAGUUCAAGCUAUGCAUUAACAGCUGGAUUGAAUUUUUCAAAAUGUGCAUUUUUAGUCUGAUUUUAUACAUACAUGCAUUUACUUUUACUGAAAAUGGCUAAUAAUUUACUAUUAUUGUUCCUGGUCUUAAGACACCCAAAGCUGUGAAUCGAAAAUACACCUUUUCAUAACACCUUUCAACAUAAAAUAUAGAGACAAUAGCUGGAUUAAUUCCAGAUCCAUUCACAUAGUUAUCUUAUAAGAUUCAUGUGAAAAAAGUAUCAAACAAAUUGAAAUGUGUUAUUGUAGAAAGUUUUUACAUAAUAUUAUGUAAAAGUUUUAUCCAGUUUAUUUAAGUUUGCACUGAAUUGUAUACAAGUCUAUUUCAAAACCCUAUAUGUCAUUAAAGUAAGUUCCAAUUUUUGCAAGUUUACCUUCCUUUCAAGAAUUAUAGAUUGAAAAUUCUCAUGAGUGUUAGACGGUAACGGUUCAACCUGUGCAAAUCAAAACUGUUUUUGGAGAUGAUGAUUUUUGUUGCUGCUGAAAGAUGUUGUCCUAGAUAGAUUUAAUUUAUUUUAUUGUUUAUUCAUAUUUUAAAAAAAAAGAUGCCGUUGUUGUGAAGAGAAGUUAAUUGCUGGACAGAAUGGGCAAUUUACUUAAAGCAUAAAUGUGCAGGAUGUGAAUUAUAUAAAGGGAACAAACUCUUACUUUCCAAAGUGAUGGUUGUUGACCUUUACCAUGCUAAGACUGAAAGUGCGUUUGCCACUAGUAUAGAGCCAGGGCGACCUGUAAAACCCUGCAGUCUGACCAGGCUCUAUACUGUUGGCUGACCAAUUCAAAUUUAUAUCAUGAUACCACCAAAAUUGAUGAUUAAAACAGUUUCUGAAAUAGAGGCUAAAAAAUUUGGUAUGUUAGGGGUAAAUAUCGCAUUGUAUAUUUCCUAUUUGUUGAUAAAUGAAUACGGCACACAGAUUUGAAGGUGUCACUGCGAUAUACAUGUAUACAUGUACAAGAAUUAUUAAAGGGGAUAAAACUCUUUCAGUCAUACACGUAAGCUUUUUGUUGUUAGCUAAUACAAUAUCCUGUCACUUUAUAUUUUAAUUAUUUUAUUCAUGUUUUAAGAAAUGGGUCUAAUUUUUCCAGAAUUGAAAUUUGUUUUGGUUAUUAUAUUAGAUAAAAAUGAUUGAAAAAAGUUGGUGAAAUUAUGAUUUUCUUUUUGCACUGUUUUUGGAAAACAGGCUUAUUUGCCAUUGAGGACAAGUCCAAUCUAAGAACCCAUUUAAAGAUGUGGAAUAAACGACAGGUGUGCAAUACAAUAUUACAUGUAACUAUUUGGGAUCAUGUUCCAUAACCUGUACUGUCAAUUUAACAUUGGCAACAAUCACUUCAAUUUGUUUUGUAAAGAUUUAAAUUUUGAAGAGUCUUUAUUAUACUUUGUUAACCUCUCUUUUAUAUGGAGUUGUUUUAAAUAGUUUUUUGUUACUAUUAUUUGAUUGUUUGAUAUUACUUUUUUGUUUGUGCAAUCUGGUUGAAUCAAAUAUUCAUUAUAACACUGUUAUAACUUAAUGAAAAUAAAGAACUACUUUAAGUUAUUUUGUAAUGUAUAUUGAACAUUAUGCAGAUACACUGAAGGAAGCUCAGCCUCAUUAUCCGAGUAUUUAUUUCAGUGUUAAAUGGAACUGAAAAGUCACUUGUCAAAUUAUUACAAUAACCUGCUGGUAAGAAUCUAUUUGCAAGAUUAUUUAAUUAUAUGAUUAAACUUUCCCAUUAUUUAUUUGUAUGUUCUUCAACAAUGUAUUUAGUUUGUGUUCUUAAUUGUAUGUUAACUUCUAGAUCUCUUGAUUAUGCAGCCUACAAUAGAAGUGUGGUCAGACUGCAGAGCUUUGUAGCUAGGCCUGACUCAGCGAUACCCAUGGUUGACUAACAUGUAACAUGAAUGUUAAUGGUUUAGCCAUCGGUAUCCUACGAUGGGUUCGACUGUCUGAGGUAUAAAAUACUUGCCACAAGUUUGAGAGGCAUUAAGACAACAGUCAUAACAAUUGCAUUUAAAUUCCAUUUACAUUGUAUAACAAGAAAUAAAAUAUUUUCAAUAAAUG